AAUUCACCGGUUUUCGAAAGAACUAAACCAAAAGUGUUGUGGAAUAACCUUUGUUGUUAACUAUGGCUGAUGAAGAAGAUCCAAAAGAGUAUCGCUGGGAGACGGGAUACGAGAAGACAUGGGAGGCAAUCAAAGAGGACGACGAUGGGCUGAUCGAGGGAUCCGUGAGCGAUAUCAUCCAGAAGGCGAAGCGCAAACGCCAGGCAAUGAAACGGGGCUUCAGCAAGCUCGGCAUGAUGCGUCACCUGUACAUUCUGCUCGACUGCUCCGAAGCAAUGACGGUGCCAGAUCUCAAGCCGACCCGGUUCAUCUGUUCGCUGAAGCUGCUGGAACUGUUUAUCGAGGAGUUUUUCGACCAGAAUCCCAUCUCCCAGCUGGGCGUCGUUGCGAUGAAGGCAAAACGGGCCGAAAAGAUUUCCGAGCUCAGUGGUACCUCCCGGAAGCACGUGAAAGCUGUACACGCGCUUAACAAUGGGGUACAGUUGGUCGGAGAACCCUCGCUUCAGAAUGGGCUCGAGCUGGCACUGAAAACACUACGCUUGGUGCCAUCGCAUGCCAGCCGGGAAGUGCUGGUCGUGAUGGGUAGCUUGACCACGUGCGAUCCGACCGACAUACAUUUGACGAUCGAAACACUCAAAGCCGAGGGAAUACGUUGUUCAGUCGUGUCGUUGUCGGCGGAGAUUCGAAUUUGCAAGUACCUGUGCACCGAAACGGGUGGCACUUACAGUGCCGUACUGGACGACGCCCACUACAAGGAUCAGCUGUUGCAGCACAUCGAUCCACCGCAAGCCGGAAACCAGCAGGAAUUUUCACUCAUUAAGAUGGGCUUUCCGCAUGGCAAAACGGAGUCCGGCAAGGAGCCCCCGCUGACCAUGUGCAUGUGCCACAUCGAUAGUGCUGACGAACCGGCCAAGCUUACCUCGGGCGGGUACCACUGCCCGCAGUGCUACAGCAAAUACUGCGAACUACCAGUGGAGUGUUCCGCUUGUGGGCUCACGUUGGCUUCGGCACCGCAUCUUGCCCGCAGCUACCAUCAUCUGUUUCCCGUGCCACACUUUAACGAGCUGCCGUUGGAACAGGUUCAGGUGCAGGAACCGCGCGAUCCACCGGUAACGAAUUGCUACGCGUGCCAGAAGACGCUAGCGAGCGGCACCGAUAAGAUGGUGUACGAGUGCGGAUCGUGCCAUCAGGUGUUUUGUAUCGAUUGUGACAUUUUCAUCCACGAAACAUUGCACUCGUGCGUUGGUUGUACCACGAUUCCGGCUUCGGCACACAAUUUACAAACCCGAAAGCCCGUCCCACCACCGCACAGUUUAUCCAUUAUUUAAGAAUUAAGGAGAAGAAUUCCUACAAUAUUUUUGCUGCAGAAUAAA